AAUCGCUAUUGAUUUAGACUUGAAAAAGAAAGUGAUUAUCCUUCUACCACUUCCAGAAACUGAAAGCGAAACACAUAUCUAUAAGCAUUGUUGUUAUGACUAUUUCAAGAAAAUUAUUUUCGAGAGCAAGAAAUAUAAGCGUUUCUGCAUUAUCAGGAAUCUAGAAACAGGAAAGACAUUUUUAGGACGUUAUAUUAUGAGUGUUUUAUUAAAGGAAGGUUCUGAACUGUUGAUAGAUAAUGCUAGUUACUCGCAUCUAUAUCUCAUUACUCAUGAUGAGAUGAAUGAUUUUGACGUGAAAUAG